UCUACGCAACGAAGAAGACGUUCGCGGUGGUUUUAAUUCAAACAUUUGUCUGGUAUUGAAUGUUCUUAUAGGACCAGAUUAUGAAUUUUCGAGGGAGAGUGUUCCUGCUCCUGGCGAACCAGAUUUCAGUUGCUAUCAUGAUUACAAUAAAUUAAUCCUGGCAAUCGAGAUCAAGAAAGUACAUAUUUUAAAAGGCAUCAAUGAACAGACAUUACCAGAGUUUUAUGAAACAAAUUCUAAUGUAAAGAAGGUAAUUCAGCAAGUUUAUAACUAUAUUACCGAUAACCAACUUCAAUAUUCUAUACUUUCCACCUAUGACCACCACUGGUUUAUACGUCGACCGAGUGAGGCGCCAGCAACGCUUUAUAUUUCAGAAACGCUUCCAUUACAGUCGACUUCUCCACCCGUACUCAAGGCUUAUGCAUAUAUAGCUUUGCAAGCAAGAGAUCAUCCCGAUUCUCUCAACCCUAAAAUAAUUUUGGAGAAAGACAAAAAAUUGAACGUUACAAAUGAACGCGUUGAUCGUGUUACUCGAUCAAUGGUCUCAGGAAAAGACUCAAAUAAAGCAUCAUCUUCCAACAACUCGGCAAAAAUGCCAAAUCAACGGAAUUUUAGCUUUGCGGACUUUAAGUUUAAGCGUAUAUUAGGCCAAGGACGAAGUGGAAAGACACUCCUAUCUGAAUUCC